CGCUAUCGGUUUUCCUCCGCUGUUUUGGCUUCCGCUCGGCUGUCGGAAGAACCUCUCACGCUCCGCUUAUCUCCGCCGUCGUCGUCUUCUUCGUCUCCCUCUCUUCCUUCCUUCUCGGAGGCUCUCCUGCAGCUCCUUCCAUGGCGUCCGUGCUCAACACCGUCGUGGCGGUCGCAUUCCCCGGCGCCAGCGCCGCCGGAGCUCGAGCUCGACUGUCUCCGGCGCCAAUUUCCGUUUCCUUCACCCGACGAAGGCUUACCGUUAGAGCUGCAGAGACUGAUACAAACGAAGUGAAUCCUCAGGUGCCGGACAAGGCACCGGCUAAAACCGGUUCCAGCUUCAACCAGCUUCUUGGCAUCAAAGGAGCCUCACAAGAAACUAAUAAAUGGAAGAUUCGCCUUCAACUUACGAAACCUGUGACUUGGCCUCCAUUGGUCUGGGGAGUGGUUUGUGGAGCUGCUGCUUCGGGAAACUUUCAUUGGAAUCUGGAGGAUGUGGCCAAAUCAAUUGUUUGCAUGAUGAUGUCAGGCCCAUGUCUCACAGGCUAUACACAGACAAUGAACGAUUGGUAUGAUCGAGAAAUUGAUGCUAUUAAUGAACCUUAUCGUCCGAUUCCAUCGGGGGCAAUUUCUGAGAAUGAGGUUAUUGCUCAAAUCUGGGUGUUGCUCUUAGCAGGCCUUGGCUUGGCUGGUAUAUUAGAUGUAUGGGCAGGGCAUGAUUUUCCCAUAGUUUUCUACCUUGCUGUUGGCGGUUCAUUGCUAUCGUACAUAUACUCUGCUCCACCUUUAAAGCUCAAGCAAAACGGGUGGAUAGGAAAUUUUGCUCUUGGAGCAAGCUAUAUCAGCUUGCCAUGGUGGGCUGGUCAAGCUUUAUUUGGGACCCUUACACCUGAUAUAGUCGUGCUGACUCUCCUGUAUAGCAUAGCAGGGCUGGGGAUUGCCAUUGUAAAUGACUUCAAAAGCGUGGAAGGAGACAGGGCAAUGGGCCUUCAGUCCCUUCCAGUGGCUUUUGGCGCUGAAACUGCAAAAUGGAUAUGUGUUGGUGCCAUUGACAUAACUCAACUAUCUGUGGCUGGUUAUCUGCUCGGGGCUGGAAAACCAUUAUAUGCUUUGGCUCUCCUUGCUCUCAUAGCUCCACAAGUUGUUUUUCAGUUUCAAUACUUUUUGAAAGACCCUGUGAAGUAUGAUGUAAAAUAUCAGGCUAGUGCACAGCCAUUCCUUGUGCUCGGUCUGCUGGUCACUGCUUUGGCAACCAGCCAAUGAUCACUCUAUAGUCCAUGAAGCCACUAUCCGAGAAGUAUGGGAGUCCGCAUGGAGGAAGAGCUAGCCACCGAUUGCAUUGUCACGAACAUUACAUUCCGGUGAACUAGAAAAGGCUCAGUGCUUGUUCGAAAUGAUUUCCAGGUUUCCUCCAACUGCGUCAUUUCCUACAAAUGAAUUCGCUCUAUGGUGACUGAUUUUCUCUAUGUUUUGCCUGCAUAGUCAUAACGAUUCCUAGAUUGGGGUCGUCCUUUGUGGAUGUAAUUUUGUUUUUCCUUCCUGUAAUUUCCUUUCUUCUUUUGCUAUCCACUAGUUUGUUCCUCGUUUGGGAUCGUACACCGUUGGAGUUGUACUUUGUCAAAACUGGCCAGACAGUGUCUUCUGAUUUUCCAUGUUUAGAGCCUAGAAAGAUUGGCACAAUAUUGCUACACUUUUAUAAUUUAAGUUUUCGAUUUGUGAAUGCAA